GUUCAGUCAUUUAAAUUCCAAUGACAAAUGUCCUUCUCCUAAUUAGGAAAGGCAUUCGAUACAAAUUUUUUGCCGAUAUUGUUAAUAAGAGGGUCCUCUAAAUUCUCUGGUUACUCUAGGGUUCAUCAUUGCCAUAAAAAUUUAUUGGAAGCAGAAAGCGAUGAGUUUGCAGCAGCGUCGCCAGAAUCAACGACGAUCGCAACCACCGGCAUCAUCGCCGCAGCCGCCGCAACAAAUGGCUUCACACAUUCAAUGGCGGCCGGUGCCACCGCAGCCGCCGCCGCAGCAGCCGCAACAAAUGGCUUCACACAUUCAAUGGCGGCCGGUGCCACCGCAGCCGCCGCCGCAGCAGCAACGUGUGCCUCCGCAAUCAAACACCUCACAACAGAGGCAGCAGAUACGGCAAAGGCUUCAGGCGGUAUCCGAUUCUUUGCUUCGACAACAGCAACAGCCGCAGAGAGAAGCCACACCGGCGGCAUCAGCAUCAUCGUCGUCGAUUGGCAACGUGAUUGAUAACGGCGGCGGUGACGGAGAUUGGCGCGAGGAGGUUUAUCGAAAGAUUGGAUUCAUGAAGGCAACCUAUUCGACGGAAUUGAACCUUAUGUUGGAGAAAGUAAAAGCUAAUUUGCAAAAGUAUGAGUCUCUUCAUCCUCAACAACAGCAACAACAGAGUAGGAAUGGGAUCGUUGAGAAGCUCCGGCAACUUAAGCACAUGUUGGAAAACAUUGACAGAUUCUUGAGUAUCAACAAGAGUGAGAUAGAGAAGAAACACAAGGACUACCUGCUUGAGGUUGAGAAGCAGAUCUUAAGGAUGUUUAAUAGGAGGAACCCCUCCUCAAGCUCUGCAAUUUCAUUGCAGCCAGGGAAAUCACCUCAGCCUGAUCAAAUGCCUGCUCUUAUUCAGCAUCAUUCCCCGUCUCAAGUUUAUCAAUUGCCACCUCAGGAAAACCGUAUUAUCCCAAGGAUGAUGCAGCCAAAGAAUCUACAGAAUCCGAUGAUGACAACUCUGCAACCACGGCCUGUGGUGUCCUCUGUUUCGCCGGUUUCCAGUUCUAAGCAAAAUAUGUUUAGUGGUGUACAAUUACAACCAGCUGCUGCUUCCUCCUUGGAGAAGGGCCACCUGCAAAUUAAUGAGAUGAAUCUGUUACGGCAACAUUGGCAACAACAACAACAUCAACUGAAGCAGCAGCAGCAGCAUCCUUCUCAGUUGUCAGUACAUCAAAUGCUAACUCUACACGGGAUGGCUGGUUCUACUGGAAUGAAGGUUGGGCAACAGAUGGCUGUGAAACCAGCAGUUUCCAGGCAACAUCAUCCAAACAGCCAGACUCCGCCUUAUCAUCAUCCUCAGUUGAAGGAGUCUGGAAAUCCUGUUUCUCCUCCACAGGUCCUUCAGGCGAAAUACCCACAGGUUCCUCCUCAUACUUCCUUGCUAAUUGAUAAGCAGAAUAUGAUGAUAUCUACUGCAAAAGCUACAACGCCAUUGCAGGCUGCAAAGUCACCCUUGGUAGUAGCUCCAUCUCCUGUGCCUGGAGAAUCAGAAAAAUCGAAUUCUGGAACUUCGCAAGUAGCUACUGUGAGUGCCACAGGGCAAGCGAUAGCUACUUCAGCCCCAGGGACAUCAGCAUCAUCACCUUCAAUGUCUGAGUGUACUAGCUUGGAUGGUACUCGUGUCAAACAAUCAACUGUAGUUUCUAGCCAAUUGAGUGUUGUAGAACAGCCAAUUGAACGGCUGAUUAGAGCGGUUAGGUCGACAUCCCAGAAAGCUUUGGCUGCUUCAGUUGCUGAUAUCAACUCAGUCUUCAGCAUGGUUGAUAAAAUAGCUGAAUCUCCCCUUGGGAAUGGAUCUGUAGCUGCUGUUGGUGAAGAUCAGGUUGCCAUGACAAAAUGUCGUCUACGCGCCAGGAAUUUUUCCACACAGGAUGGACCUGCUGGGACAAAGAGAAUGAGACGCUGCACGAGUGCAAUGUCUUCCGAAGCAAUUUCAUCUGUCAGUAGUGAAAAUGAUAGUAUGAAGAAGUUGAAUUGUUCUGAUUCUUUAGAGUUGGAGUCUACAGCUGCAUCAGGCAUUAAAAGACGUAGGCUUGGGGAUCAUGCCCUUAUAGAAGAGAUUCAGGGAGUAAAUAAGCAGCUCGUAGAAACCUUGGUGGAGAUUAGUGGUGAUGAUGAUGCAGCUGAGGUUGGUGAAGGAAUUAUAGUGAAAGUCUCUUACAGUUCUGUUGCGCUCAGUCCAAAUUUGAAGUCACAGUAUGCUUCAGCAAAGAUGUCGCCUAUUUGGCCCCUUCGACUGCUUAUUCCAGCUAGUUACCCGAAUUCUUCUCCAGUAAUCCUGGACAAGUUUUCUGCAGCGGGUGGUAAAAAGUGCGAAUAUCCUUUUACAAAGGCCUUAUUAAAGUUCAGUACCUCUCUUAGAACUGUUUCACAACCGAUGUCUCUCUCAGUGAUGGCAAGAACAUGGGAUUUCUGUGCUCGUGCAGUUAUAUCAGAGUUUGUACUGCAAAGCAGUGGAGGGACCUUCAGCUCGAACUAUGGUACUUGGGAGAGUUGUUUAACUGCGGCAUAACUUAUGAUGCGACCUAGCGGACCAGUUUGCAGUAUGGGGGUUCGGGGAGUGUUCAUGACCUCUUUAUGUUGUUAAGAAUUUUUGUACUAUUAUAAUGCAUUAGGCUUCUUAGUCUUCUUUUAACUAAGGGAAAGAAAGAACAAUUUUUCGUUUGAAAUCUAAUUGCUCUUUGUUAUCUUUUAUCCUGCACCAACAAUCUUGUAAGAAAAUAAUAAUUGGGAGAUUUUAGACAGCAUUUUCGGUGGUUAGAAAAAUUUAAGCAUGACGAUUAUAAAAUUGUGGUUCAGUAUAUAACAUGGCAUGACAAGGGCAGGUUAUAUGCUUCUCUGGUAAAAGAGGAGAUGAUGGGUGGUUUUGUUGCUUCUUUGUGCAUCAAAAGAUUGUUUAUCUGGUUAUAAGAGGAGAUGAUGGGUGAUGUUUAUCUGGGAUCUUGCUCCAUCUUUGAUAAUCAAGGUAAGAAGCUAAAGAAAUGCAAGAACUGGUCCAGUUUAUUCUCUGUUAGAACUCAGAUACGCUAAACCGUAUUUCUGUCCAGUUUCGGUUGACUUAGGAGUUAUGUCCAUUUAACACUUGCUAAAGUUAUAUUGUUGUUAUCAGAACUUUUAGAAUGCCACCUUGUAUUGAAAUCAGUUUUCCUGAUCAGAUAACAAAGCUGUCUUAGCAAGGGAGACUCCUUAUUUGAUGAAAUCAAGCUUAUGCCUAAUAUUGUGUAUUGAUGUUGUAGAACCUGGCUUUCACAUAUUGUGUGUUUUUAGUGGUGUAAAAACACGAGGAAUCAGCUUGGCACUUAUAAGAUCACAUAGAUGAGAUAAGUUUCUCCAUGUAUUGGUUGCUAGAGCCUUAACUUGAAUGCCUUUGACUAGAUGGACCUGUAGGUGGAUUGAGGUUUCUCCAGGUAAGUACGUGGAUUGAGGUUUAGAAUCAACAAAUCUGCUCACUAGAUGGACCUGUAGCUCUUUUCAACAGAGGUGAAAGGACAGAGAGGGGAAUGUAAAGAGACAUUAAUCUAGAUAACCUUUUGAUAUUUCCUGUGAUGCUGAUGAAUGAUGCUGAUGGCUCAUGCCUUUGAGCGACAUUUUAAUGUCUCCCCAUUGUGUCUUGCCUGGUGCAUAUAAAGCGUAGUCCAAAAUGAAUGCAGUCCUAUCAACAGAUAAAUUAUCUAAAAAAAAAAUUGUCAGAAAGAAACAAGGGCGCAGACUUGUGGCUCUAAGCUACUGUAAUCUUGUGAUUGUAUCUCAUUCUUUCUUAUUGACAUGGGAUUUAGGGCACUUGUUGAGUCCCCCAUCGUGGGUAGUGUUCAUGGCAUGUACAUACUUUUGAACAUCGUGAUUGAAAUAGAAAAUAUUUGCUCUGCGGAAUUCAUCUUGGGAGAGAGACAAGCAUACUACUCUUUUUCUGGCAACUUGAUAUUGUGUCUGAGUACGAAUAAUGAAAGUAUAAAGAAACAUUGUUGCCCUUUUUGCUCUACAAUAUUGAGCAAUUUCAUCCUGGAC